AUGGCGGCGAUAAUGGCGAAACCAAUCUCAAUAACUCCACUCCGUUUCUGCUCUGAUCGAAAGAACAUUUCUUUCUCUGAUUGCAUUUCGAUUUCUUCUGGAUUCCGACAUUCCCGACCUUCUUGCCUCGAUUUGGUCAUAAAAUCACCUAGAAACACUCGUUUUAACCCUCUCGUUAGAUCCCAAAGCUCUCCUGAUUAUAUUCCAGACUCUAAAUUUUACAAGGUGGAAGCAAUUAUCAGGCCAUGGAGGAUCAAGCAUGUUUCAUCGGCUUUAUUGAAAGUGGGGAUUCGAGGUGUUACUGUUUCUGAUGUUAGAGGGUUUGGUGCACAAGGUGGUUCCACCGAGAGGCAUGGUGGCUCUGAGUUCUCUGAAGACAACUUUGUUGCUAAAGUUAAAAUGGAAAUCAUUGUUAAGAAAGAGCAAGUGGAAUCUGUAAUCAACACCAUAAUCGAUGGAGCACGGACAGGAGAGAUUGGUGAUGGCAAAAUCUUCGUUUUGCCUGUGUCAGAUGUCAUAAGGGUCCGGACAGGUGAGCGUGGGGAACAAGCAGAGAAGAUGACUGGUGAUAUGGUCUCGGCAUCUUAG